CAAAAAUGUCAGCUACUUCCAGGACUUUGCAAGACGGAACGAUGUCUUUUGCAGAACAUGCUAUGCGCUCUGUUGUCAUUGGGAACAUUCCACAGGAUGUUACUGAAGACCAAAUGAAAGAGAUAAUUUCUGAAGUGGGAGAGAUUAUCAUCUUCAGAUUAUUUUAUGAUGAAUCAGGAAAGUCAACCGGCAUUGGAUUUUGUGAAUAUAAAGAUCUAGCAAUUGCUCAUAGUGCUUUGCGUAAUUUGAACGGUCUUGAAAUAAAGGGUCGAGCUUUGGUUGUUGAUAGUGCUGCUAGUGAGAAAGGGAAAGAGAUUUUACGAAGCAUGCAAAGAAGUUCAAGUGAUCUUCAGCUUGAGGAGGCUGAUUCUACAACAGAGAAGGCUCCUGAAGAAAUAUCUAAAGCAGUAGCAAGCCUUCCAGCUGAGCAGAUGUUUGAAUUGAUGAAGCAAAUGAAGCUAUGUAUUGAGAAUAAUCCCCAAGAAGCCCGGAACUUGCUCCUUCAGAAUCCACAACUAGCAUACGCCUUACUGCAAGCUCAAGUCAUCAUGCGAAUUGUUGAUCCCCAAGUAGCUCUGAAAAUUCUGAAUCGACCUGUCGUGCCUCCUGCAUCAGAAGAUAAACCAGCUACUGAAGCAGCAAUGCAAUCAACCCCAAGUGUGUCUGACACUCCAGCAACAUUUCCAGCAGUUGAACCAAGUCCUGUACCGCCACCAAUUAAUCCCAUGGCUCAGAUGCUACGGCCUGCACCUGUCCCAAUGGCAAGGCUGCCUUUGCCUAUUGAAAGACCACCUAUAAUGCCAGUUAUGCCUGGCUCAUCUAUGAGCAUGCUUGGCUCAUUUGGAGACCAAGAUCUCCGAGUACUGGGUGAUCGUGACUUGCGUCUUCAUGCCACCGAUAGAGACAUGAGGUCAUUGCCCAUGCUCUCUGGGGACAAGGACAUGCGCCAGCUAGUAGGGGAUCAAGAUAUGAGAACCAUGGGGGGGAUUCCCGAUAAUCGCCCGUUUGAUCCGAGAUUCCGUGGUUCUGCUAUGAACAGAGCACCACCAGGAAUACCAAUGGAAAAAUCACGUCCUCCAAAUGUGGAUCCAAGGACUGCUUAUGAAGGACAGAAUAUCCCUGCCCCUGUUCGUGUUGAAGAUCCUAGAAAAGCAGCUAUGACAAGUACUAGAGUGCCUCCACCAGCACUUUUAAAUGUAGGACCAAGUGCUGCAUCGCUGGACUCUGCUCGCCAAAUAAUGCAUCCUGGUAAUCCAAAUGCUCCUCAUGAUCAAGAAAAGGCUGCAUUAAUCAUGCAAGUGCUGCAGUUGACUGACCAACAGAUUGCAUCCUUACCACCUGAGCAAAGACAAAGUAUAUUAGUGCUCAAAGAACAAAUAGCACGAAGCCAUGCUACGUAGUUUCGUUU